AUGCCGGGUGCGGAUCCGGGAUUUGCGAGCUCCGGCAUCUCCCGGCCGGAAUAUCACGACAAAGAUUCUGUAUUUGUCGCCAACGAAUCCUCCGUCCAGCGCCAUAAGGAUUCGAAGAGCAAACAGCCUACCGUGUCCCCAAUUUCCGGCAUGGAGAAGGAUUGGGUUGCGCGGAUUCUCGAGAUCCGAGCGGCCGACGAGCACCACGUAUACGCACGUAUUUAUUGGAUGUACUGGCCUGACGAACUUCCCGGACAAAGCAUGGAUGGGAAAAAGUAUCCAAGGGGUCGGCAGCCGUACCACGGCCGGAGCAAACUGAUCGCGUCUAAUCACAAGUCGUAG